UUGGAUGGUUUUUGUGCGGCAGCGGCAGCAGACGCCCGAGCUUGAAGAGCAGGUGUGAGAGACAGCGGCGACCGCUCCUCUCCUCCCUGUUUCCAAGGGGAAAUGUCGAGCGAGAAGCCGGUUUCAGCACCACCGGGCUCCUCUUCCUCGCUCACGGACACGGACUCCCAUCCUCCUCCGCCGGGCUCCUCCGCUCAGCAGCAGCAGCAGCAGCAGCAGGUCGCCGCGGGCGCUGGCUCCGGCUCCACCGGGGAAAGGAUGGUGUCUGCAGCCGGCUCUAUGGUUCUCCCCGCCGGGGUGAUCAACCCCGCCGUUCCCAUCAGGAAUAUUCAGAUGAAAUUCGCCGUGCUGGUGGGCCUGAUCCAGGUCGGGGAGGUUAGCAACCGGGACAUCGUGGAGACGGUGCUGAACCUGCUGGUGGGCGGCGAGUUCGACCUGGAGAUGAACUUCAUCAUCCAGGAGGCGGAGAGCAUCGGCUGCAUGGUGGAGCUGCUGUCCCACUGCGAGGUGACGUGCCAGGCCGAGAUCUGGAGCAUGUUCACCGCCAUUCUGCGCAAGAGCGUGCGCAACCUGCAGACCAGCACCGAGGUGGGCCUCAUCCAGCAGGUGCUGCUCAAAAUGAGCACUGUGGACGACAUGAUUGCAGACCUGUUGGUGGACAUGCUGGGAGUCAUGGCCAGCUACAGCAUCACAGUCAAGGAGCUGAAGCUGCUCUUCAGCAUGCUGAGGGGAGACAACGGCAUCUGGCCGAGACAUGCGAUCAAGCUCUUGUCUGUGUUGAAUCAGAUGCCUCAGAGACACGGUCCUGACACCUUCUUCAACUUUCCGGGACGCAGCGCAGCGGCGAUAGCGUUGCCACCAAUUGCCAAAUGGCCGUACCAGAAUGGAUUCACCAUCAACACUUGGUUCAGACAGGAUCCUCUCAACAACAUCAAUGUGGAUAAAGAUAAGCCCUACCUCUACUGUUUUCGCACCAGUAAAGGAAUCGGUUACUCCGCUCACUUCGUGGGAAACUGUCUCAUCGUGACAUCGUUGAAGUCGAAAGGAAAAGGAUUUCAGCACUGCGUGAAAUAUGAUUUCCAGCCCCGCAAGUGGUACAUGAUCAGCAUCGUCCACAUCUACAACCGCUGGAGGAACUCGGAGAUCCGCUGCUAUGUCAACGGUCAACUGGUGUCCUACGGCGAUAUGGCCUGGCACGUCAACACCAAUGACAGCUAUGACAAGUGUUUCCUCGGUUCGUCGGAGACGGCAGACGCUAACAGAGUGUUUUGUGGUCAGCUCGGAGCUAUUUAUGUUUUCAGUGAAGCUCUUAACCCGGCUCAGAUCUUUGCUAUUCACCAACUCGGCCCAGGAUACAAGAGCACCUUCAAGUUCAAGUCGGAGAGCGACAUCCACCUGGCGGAGCACCACAAGCAAGUGCUGUACGACGGCAAGCUGGCCAGCUCCAUCUCCUUCACCUACAACGCCAAGGCGACGGACGCGCAGCUCUGCCUGGAGUCGUCGCCGAGGGAAAACCCGUCCAUCUUCGUCCACUCGCCGCACGCGCUCAUGCUACAGGAUGUGAAGGCCAUCGUCACCCACUCCAUCCACAGUGCCAUUCAUUCUAUAGGAGGCAUCCAGGUCCUGUUCCCGCUCUUCGCUCAGCUGGACUACAAACAACUCAACGACAGCAGCGUGGACACCACAGUCUGUGCGACCCUGCUGGCUUUCCUGGUGGAGCUGCUGAAAAGCUCCGUGGCCAUGCAGGAACAGAUGUUGGGAGGAAAAGGGUUCCUGGUGAUUGGAUACCUGCUGGAGAAGUCAUCUCGAGUCCACAUCACCAGGGCGGUGCUUGAGCAGUUCCUGUCCUUCGCCAAGUACCUGGACGGUUUACCUCACGGAGCGCCGCUCCUCAAACAGCUCUGCGACCAUGUCCUUUUCAACGCAGCCAUCUGGAUCCACACCCCCGCCAAGGUGCAGCUCUCCCUCUACACGUACCUGUCGUCAGAAUUCAUCGGCACCGCCACCAUCUACACCACCAUCCGCCGCGUCGGCACCGUCCUGCAGCUGAUGCACACCCUCAAGUACUACUACUGGGCCAUCAACCCCUUGGAGUGCAGCGGCAUCACCCCCAAAGGUCUCGAUGGACCACGGCCGUCCCAAAAGGAGAUCAUCUCGCUCAGAGCCUUCAUGCUUCUCUUCCUCAAACAACUCAUACUGAAGGACCGGGGCGUGAAGGAGGAUGAGCUGCAGAGCAUUCUCAACUAUCUUUUGACCAUGCACGAGGAUGAGAAUAUUCACGACGUGCUGCAGCUGCUGGUGGCUCUGAUGUCUGAGCACCCGGCGUCCAUGAUCCCCGCCUUCGACCAGAGAAAUGGCAUCAGGGUGAUCUGCAAGCUCCUGGCCUCCAAGAGUGAGAGCAUUCGCGUCCAGGCCCUCAAAGUCCUCGGCUACUUCCUGAAGCACCUCGGUCACAAGAGGAAGGUUGAGAUUAUGCACACGCACAGUCUGUUCACGCUGCUGGGAGAGAGGCUGAUGAUGCACACCAACACCGUCUCCAUCACCACCUACAACACGCUGUAUGAGAUUUUGACGGAGCAGGUCUGCACGCAGGUGGUUCACAAACCCCACCCUGAACCGGACUCCACUGUCAAGAUCCAGAAUCCCAUGAUUCUCAAAGUCGUGGCCACUCUGCUGAAAAACUCCACUCCCAGUGCGGAGCUGAUGGAAGUCAGGCGGCUCUUCCUUUCUGACAUGAUCAAGCUCUUCAGUAACAGCCGUGAAAACCGACGCUGCUUGCUGCAGUGCUCUGUGUGGCAGGACUGGAUGUUCUCCCUCGGAUACAUCAAUCCCAAGAACCCAGAAGAACAGAAAAUCACCGAGAUGGUGUACAACAUUUUUCGGAUUCUCCUCUACCACGCUAUCAAAUAUGAAUGGGGGGGCUGGAGGGUCUGGGUCGAUACUCUGUCCAUUGCACACUCCAAGGUGACGUACGAAGCCCACAAGGAGUACUUGGCCAAGAUGUACGAGGAGUACCAGCGUCAGGAGGAAGAGAACAUGAAGAAGGGAAAGAAGGGCUCCGUGUCCACCAUCUCCGGCCUGUCCGCCGCUCCCGCCCCGGUUGUCAACGGAAAUCUGGAGAUCGACGACAACUCCCAGACGCAGACGCCCGAGAGCGAGGCCGAGUACAGCGAGGGGGCGGGCGGGGACUCGCGCAACCUGCUGGCAGAGGGGGCCGUGAAGCGACCGAACGGAGAAGCCCUGACGCCGGGGGAGCAGAGCGCCGGCCCGGGCGUGAGGGUGGAGGUCCAUGAUCUCCUGGUGGACAUUAAAGCGGAGAAAGUGGAAGCCACGGAAGUGAAGUUGGACGACCUGGAUCUGUCUCCAGAAGGACUCAGUGGGGGUGUAGGUGGAGGAAACGGCGGAGGAAUGGAGAACGGGCCUCUGGUAGAGGUGGACUCGCUCCUGGACAGUGCUUACUGCUCCGUGGUUCAGAACUUAAAUGGGAAUCUGGCGCCGAAAGACGACACAACGGGCUCAGGAGUAGGAAUUGGGUCAAACCUGGGACUGUCAGGAGUCAGUCUGGAGGAUGACGGAAACAUGGGUCCACUCAUCACGUUAGCAGAUGAGAAAGACAGCGUGCCAAGCAACAACGGAUUCCUCUUCAGCAAGGUCGAUGAGAAGCUCCUUCCAGCUCUCGCAGCCACAGACCCCCUGGUGCUGCCAAGUCCCGAGCAGCCGGCUCCAUCUGGCCCGGUCCCGCCUCACCCCGCCACCAGCGCCAGCGAUGACCUCAGCCUGCUGGCCCACAUGACCAGCUGCGGCUCGGAGCUAACGCAGACCCAGAGCCACGCCGCGGGGGAGCUUCCAGAGGACGGGCCCUUCAAGAUCCAGAGCCCGCUCGCCGACAUCAGCUCCAUCGCCGAGGCCGAGAGCCAAACGCAGAUCCAGGGAGCCUCCAGACCAGACUUCCCCGAGGGGGAGGGGGCGGCCGGGGCAGAGGGAGAGGCUGCGGGCCUCAAGACGGGAGGGGACACCGCCAGCACCACCUCUGACACAGAGAGGUCGGACGACGGGAAAGACAAGGACAUAAAGAAGAUCCAAACGACUGCAACCACUCAGGCCCUUCACGGUCGCACGGCGGCCCAGCUGGAGCGGGACCUCCGUGUGGACCUGGGCUUCAGGGGCAUGCCCAUGACGGAGGAGCAGCGGCGCCAGUUCAGCCCCGGCCCGCGCACGACCAUGUUCCGCAUCCCAGAAUUCAAGUGGUCUCCGAUGCAUCAGAGGCUGCUGACCGACCUGCUGUUCGCCCUGGAGACAGACGUGCACGUGUGGAGGAGCCACUCCACCAAGUCCGUGAUGGAUUUUGUGAACAGCAACGAGAACAUCAUCUUCGUCCACAACACGAUCCACCUCAUUUCCCAGAUGGUGGACAACAUCAUCAUCGCCUGUGGAGGCAUCCUGCCUCUCCUGUCUGCCGCCACCUCCCCUUCUAGUUCUAAGAGUAGUGCCAACACUAAGGCAGGAGGAGCCGCACCCCAGAGGGGGUCAAAGGGAGAGGAGGUGACCCCUGUUCCUGGGGGAAGAGGCGCGGGGGGAGAGACGGAGCUGGAGAACAUCGAGGCCACACAGGGCAUGUCCUCGGAGACGGCGGUCACCUUCCUGUCUCGCCUCAUGGCCAUGGUGGACGUCCUGGUGUUUGCCAGCUCGCUUAACUUCAGCGAGAUCGAAGCGGAGAAGAACAUGUCGUCGGGAGGGCUGAUGAGGCAAUGCCUUCGUCUGGUUUGCUGUGUGGCGGUGAGGAACUGCUUGGAGUGCCGGCAGAGACAGAGAGAUCGAAGCUGUAAGUCCUCUCUAACCAGCAGCAAGUCGCAGGACAGCCUCCACAGUGCCUCCACCGUCAGCAAGCAGGAUCCAGACAGACUCCUGCAGGAUGUAGACAUUAAUCGUCUUCGGGCUGUGGUUUUCAGAGAUGUGGAUGACAGUAAGCAGGCUCAGUUUCUGGCGCUGGCAGUUGUUUACUUUAUCUCGGUUCUCAUGGUAUCUAAAUACCGGGACAUUCUGGAGCCGCAGCGGGAGAUCGGCAGGUCCACCAGCCUGUCGGGGAGGAGCAUCCGCCACGAGAUCAACUCCCCGACCAGCACAGAGCACCCAUCCGCAGCCUUCUCCGAUCGUGACAAACAGACCCCCACCCCGGUGGACGACUCCCCCCGGGCCGGCCUCCCACACACAGACUCAGGCAUCGGAGAGGAGGGCCACGUGGCGGGGUCCCUGAACGGCUCGGAGAUGGGCCUGGGCCUCGGGCUCGGCCUGGUCGGCCGAGAGACGGACCGAGACCGGGACAGAGACAUCGGGGGAGGGGGAGGAGGAGGUGGUGGGGGCGGGGGAGGCGCGGAUCUAUUGUGCAGCCUGUCGUCCGACGUGAGGAGGUCACAGGAGAGCCUGCUGGACUCCCCACACAACCCCAGCUCCACCCCCAACUCCAGCCAGGCUCCGCCCUCUUCCAUCUCCAGCAUCAGCCAGACGAACAAAGGCAUCAAUGUCAAGGAGAUCCUGAAGAGCUUGGUGGCGGCUCCUGUUGAUGGUGGAGAGCUGGGCCCGGAGUCGGGGCCCACGCCCUACCACCCCGAUCCUGCCCUGAAGACCCACCCCAUGCUGCCCAUGCAGUUCCACUCCUUCGACCGGAGCGUGGUGGUACCGGUGAAAAAGCCCCCACCCGGCAGCCUGUCAGUCAACACGGUGGGCACGCCCACCACCGGCGGGGCGGCCACUGCCGGCAGCACGCCCAACAUUUUCGCUGCUGCAACAGCGACGCCCAAGAGCAUGAUCAACACUACAGGUGCCACAGACUCUGCCUCCUCUUCCUCCUCCUCCUCUUCGUCUUUCGUCAACGGAGCAACUAGUAAGAACCUGCCUGCGGUGCAGACGGUGGCCCCGAUGCCCGAAGACACGAUGGAGAACAUGAGUGCCUAUUGUGAAGUGGCGCAGUGUGCGCUGCGCAGCGGUCAGACGCCCCCUGAGCUCAAGUCUUUUAGCUCUCUGGCAGGCUUCCAGGCAGCCCCCCGAGAUGCAGGACAGUGUUUUAGCAUCACCACCAAGCUGGAGCGUGCCUUGGAGAAGGUGGCGCCCUUGCUGAGGGAGAUCUUUGUGGACUUUGCGCCCUUCCUGUCCAGGACGCUGCUGGGUAGCCAUGGGCAGGAACUGCUCAUAGAAGGUACAGGUCUGGUGUGUAUGAAGUCGAGCACAUCCGUAGUGGAGCUUGUAAUGCUGCUCUGUUCUCAGGAGUGGCAAAACUCCAUUCAGAAGAACGCCGGACUGGCCUUCAUCGAGCUCAUCAACGAAGGAAGACUCCUGUGCCACGCCAUGAAGGAUCAUAUUGUGCGCGUGGCCAACGAAGCGGAGUUCAUCCUGAACAGGCAGAGAGCGGAGGAUGUGCACAAGCACGCCGAGUUUGAGUCUAACUGCGCCCAGUACGCUGCUGACCGGAGAGAGGAGGAGAAGAUGUGCGAUCACCUCAUCAGCGCCGCCAAGCACAGAGAUCACGUGACGGCCAAUCAGCUGAAACAGAAGAUCCUCAACAUCCUGACCAAUAAGCACGGAGCGUGGGGGACGAUGUCGCAGAGUCAACUGCAUGACUUCUGGCGUUUAGACUACUGGGAGGACGAUCUGAGGAGGAGACGGAGAUUCGUGCGAAAUGCCUUCGGGUCGACGCACGCCGACGUGUCGCUCAAAGCCCUGGAGGAUUACGGGACGGAGGAGGAGGAGGAGGAGGGUCCCAAGUCGAAAAAGAAUUUCCGCAGCCAAUCCGUGGUGGCCCAGAAUCCGGAGGCGGAGCUAAUGCUGGAGGGAGACGACGACGCCGUGAGCCUGCUGCAGGAGAAAGAGAUCGAUAACCUCGCCGGCCCGGUGGUUCUCAGCACUCCUGCUCAGCUGGUGGCGCCGGUGGUGGUGGCCCGAGGGACUCUGUCCAUCACCACCACGGAGAUCUACUUUGAGGUCGACGAGGACGAUCCAACAUUCAAGAAGAUGGACGCCAAAGUGUUGGCCUACUCAGAGGGUCUGCAUGGCAAGUGGAUGUUCAGUGAGAUCCGGGCGGUCUUCUCUCGACGUUACCUGCUGCAGAAUACAGGACUGGAAGUCUUCAUGGCAAACAGAACGUCGGUGAUGUUUAACUUCCCCGACCAGGCCACGGUCAAGCGGGUGGUGUACAGCCUCCCCCGGGUGGGAGUGGGAACGAGUUACGGCCUGCCACAGGCCAGGCGGAUUUCCUUGGCCACUCCCCGUCAGCUCUUCAAAUCGUCCAACAUGACGCAGCGCUGGCAGAGGAGAGAGAUCUCCAACUUCGAGUACCUCAUGUUCCUCAAUACUAUCGCAGGGAGAACCUACAAUGAUUUGAACCAGUACCCGGUCUUCCCCUGGGUCCUGACCAACUACGAUUCAGAGGAGCUCGAUCUCACUCUGCCUGGAAACUUCAGAGACCUUUCCAAGCCGAUUGGUGCGCUGAAUCCCAAGCGAGCGGCGUUUUACGCGGAGCGCUACGAGACGUGGGACGACGACAGCGCGCCUUCGCACCACUACACAACCCUGUACUCCACUGCUCAUUCAACACUGAUGUGGAUGCUCAGAAUAGAGCCCUUCACCACGUUCUUCCUCAAUGCUAACGAUUGUAAGUUCGACCAUCCGGAGAGGGCCUUCUCUGGCAUCGGCCGUGCGUGGAGGAACUGUCAGAGGGACACGGCCGACGUGAAGGAGUUGAUCCCAGAGUUCUACUACUUGCCAGAGAUGUUUGUCAACAGCAACGAGUACGAACUCGGGAUGCGCGACGACGGCGUCCCCGUGUGUGACGUGGAGCUUCCAGCCUGGGCCAAGAAGCCGGAGGAUUUCGUCCGCAUUAACCGCAUGGCUUUGGAGAGCGAGUUUGUGUCGUGCCAGCUUCACCAGUGGAUCGAUCUAAUAUUUGGCUACAAACAGCGAGGGCCGGAAGCAGUCCGAGCUCUCAACGUGUUCAACUUCCUGUCUUACGAGGGAGCGGUCAACCUGGACAAUCUGGAGUCUGUGCAGCGGGAGGUUAUGGAGACCCAGAUUCAAGUCAGUGGUCAGGUGCCGUCCCAGCUGCUGAUCGAGCCACACCCUCCUCGCUCCUCCGCCAUGCACCUGUGUUUCCUUCCCCAGAGCCCUCUGAUGUUUAAGGAUCAGAUGCAGCAGGACGUCAUCAUGGUGCUGAAGUUCCCCUCCAACUCCCCCGUCACGCACGUGGCGGCCAACACGCUGCCGCACCUCAGCAUACCGGCCGCCGUCACCGUCACGUGCAGCCGGCUGUUCGCGGUGAACCGCUGGCACAACACCGUCGGCCUCCGCGGCGCUCCGGGGUACUCCCUGGAACAGGCUCAUCAUCUCCCCAUCGAGAUGGACCCUCUUAUAGCAAAUAACUCAGGCGUGAACAAGCGUCAGAUCACCGACCUGGUGGACCAGAGCAUCCAGAUCAACACCCACUGCUUUGUGGUCACCGCUGACAACCGCUACAUCCUGGUCUGCGGCUUCUGGGACAAGAGCUUCCGUGUUUACUCCACAGAAACCGGGAAGCUGACCCAGAUCGUCUUCGGCCACUGGGACGUGGUGACGUGCCUGGCUCGGUCGGAGUCGUACAUCGGAGGCGACUGCUACAUCGUGUCCGGCUCCAGAGACGCCACGCUCCUCCUGUGGUACUGGAGCGGACGGCACCACAUCAUCGGGGACAACCCCAACAACAGCGACUACCCGGCGCCCAGAGCGGUGCUGACGGGGCACGACCACGAGGUGGUGUGUGUGUCCGUCUGUGCAGAGCUGGGGCUGGUCAUCAGUGGAGCCAAAGAGGGCCCCUGCCUGGUCCACACGAUCACAGGGGACCUCCUGCGGGCCCUGGAGGGCCCGGAGCUGUGCCAGCGGCCGCGCCUCAUCUCGGUGUCCAGCGAAGGACACUGCAUCAUCUACUACGAGAGAGGCCGCUUCUGCAACUUCAGCAUCAACGGAAAGCUUCUGGCACAAAUGGAGGUCAACGAUUCCACACGGGCGAUCCUGUUGAGCAGCGACGGGCAGAACCUGGUGACGGGAGGCGAUAAUGGAGUGGUGGAGGUGUGGCAGGCGUGCGACUUCAAGCAGCUUUACAUCUAUCCGGGCUGCGACGCCGGCAUCCGCGCCAUGGACCUGUCACACGACCAGAGGACUUUGAUCACCGGCAUGGCGUCCGGCAGCAUCGUGGCUUUCAACAUAGACUUCAACCGCUGGCACUACGAGCACCAGAACAGGUACUGAGGCGGACGGCGUGAGGACGAGGAGGACGGAGAGGGGGCGGAGAGGAGGUGGUGCUUUCUGCCGUGUGUCAGCGACACGGGGAAACCACGGGUACCGAGGCGGGAGGAGAGACGAGUAGCCGACCUUAGGCUCUAUUCCCCUGUGAAGUUCACUUGAUUCGAGGACGCAGCCGCGCUGGUGGAGACGGCCUCCUCUGUGCAUACGCGUGUGUGUGUGUGUGUGUGAGUGUGUGUGUGUGUAAAGCCACACAGACAUAUAAUACCCAGAAGAUACACACCAAAACCUGCUUGUAAAAUAGAAAGACUGCAGUGAGGAGGGAGAGAGCAAGUGGAGGUCGAUCGCAGUCGCACCACCCGCCGGACUGCUGUUUCCCGCUCCUGGCACCAUUGAUUCUUCACAGAUAACUUCAGCUUUGUUUUAAUUUCUCUUUUUUUUAAACUCUUCUUAAAUUUACAUUUCCAGCUUUUUAAUUGACGGGAUCUUCAGUCGGGGUCACAUUUGUGUGCACAAUUGAUUAAAUCACCUUUCGAUGUGUCCAAACAGAUUAGAAAUGUCCAGAUAUGAACCAGCCCCACCCACGACUUUAAAACCGGUGCUAUUGGCUUAACCUUAAAUUCACCUCUGGAGAAAAAAACAACCUGGGGUUAUAAUUUCAUGUUGUUUCCUUUCUAACGUUUCUUUUCUUUUACCCUGAGCGGAGUUCUGAUCUGAUUUCUUUGUAAAUAAGGCUCUGCUUCCUUCAGAGUCGACACUUGUUCUUUCACUACACAAACUGCGCUUAUCACCUUUAAUUUAUUAAUGACUUGCUGUAUGUAAAAUACUGUGUAAUAAUUAUAACGUCGACAAGACUGAUGGUAAUAACGGUGGUGGUGUGGAGGACGGUGAUUGUUUUUGCCCGAACAAGGUGAAUGAUAAAGAUUUGUAGCCAUCGCCACCAAGGACGACCACCACAAGACUGACAUGAUUUCCUUUGUAUAUUCGGUGAUUGUUUUGUCAAAUAUGUACAUAUAGUCUUGGUUCAGGCUUGUUGGGAGACUUAAAUCAGCUGAAUGAGACUGGAAGCGCAAAGGAAACCUUCACUUACCCACAUUUGUUGAUUAUUUAAAAA